ACGUUUGACAGUUGACUAAAUUUACAAUUAAAUUAACAUGUAAUAUUUUAAAUUAUUACAAACAAAGAUUAAAUUACGUUCGUAGAUUCGUCGUGUAAUUGAUUCUAUUAGAAUUUGCAAGCGGAGAAUAAUACGCACAGGCGAUACGCCGUGCCAAAAGAUGGAUAACGCAACGAUACCACUAAGUCUGGAACCAGUGCAGCACACUGAUGUCUGUGAGAAAAGGCUUUGGGUUGGAAAUUUGGAUACCAGAGUUAAUGAGUAUCAACUACUGAAAAUGGUCCGUGUGUAUGGUAAUAUUGAGAAGCUGGAUAUGUUAUUCCACCGGAGUGGGCCAAAUGCUGGUCAGCCAAGAGGGUUUGCCUUUGUGACAUAUAAGUUAAGGCAGGAUGCUAUAAAGGCAAUGAGCUCCUUAAAUGGUCAGCUUUUGGGGAACAAAAGAAUUUGUGUGAAAUUUGCUAAAAAUGCUUCAGAGGAUCAAGAGAAACCGAAACCAGAAUUAGGUAUACCUGCACUGACAGCUGGAAAACCAGAGCUAAAACUAAGCAAGAAAACUGCAAUCCAGACUAUUGAGGCUAAACUAAAAUUGUUAGAAAAUAUGAAAGCUGGAGAUGAUUUUGUUAUUAAUAAGUUAGCUGCAAAUGAAGCUCCAGUUAUAACUCAAUAUCAACUUAAACAGCACCAAUCAAAUAAAACUAACAGUUCAUUCAAAAGGCGACAUCCUUAUCAUAGGAAAAGAUAAAUACUAUUAAAAACUUUGUUAAGAUAAUUAGCAUUCUUUAAACUAUAUCAGUAUUUCACCUUAAUAAUUGGCGGGGGUGGUAUUAUUUAAUAAAGUGCAGUCUAUAAUUUCUAAACAAUUGGCUGAAACUAAAGGUACAUUCUUUAAUAGUAAUUGUAUCACAAGUAAAGAUUAAUUAAAUUUCAAUUUUUGGAUUUAUUUAAUUUUUUAGAAACAUUACAAGUGAAAUUAUUUCCCCACAUCCUCACAUAGCUUUAACAUGUGAAAUUAUUGAUUUUUAUAGUAGUUGAAUUUUAUAGGUUUAAGUGUACAUUAUACAUGGCUUUAAGUUUAUACCAUCCUUAGUUAGGUAUUGAAGGCACAAACAAUACAAAAUAUCGCUACAGCUAUUAAGCUAACAGUAUAUAUUAAUAUUUUUUAAGCUUCUGUCUGUCUGAUUAUAAUGAAUCGUAGUCAUAAUAUUAACUCUACUGUAUAUUAUUUAUGAAUAUUAAAUAUAAAAUCAUGUGUUCAUUAGAUAUUGCAAUCUAAUAAGUUUUAACAUUUAGCAGUGGUAUGUUUAUUUGUAUGAAAUUAUCAUAAGAAUUGGUGUGUGUGUGUAAAAUAGAUAAAUAAUGUUAAA